AUGCACUGGAUCUAUCCCUCCCUCGGUGGAGCAUUCUUUGCUUUUGGACUUGGUGCUAACGGCGACAUCACCUUCACUCUCAUCAUCGAUACUUAUCGUGAGCUUGUCGCCGAAGCCUUCAUCGGUAUUGCGUUCAUGCGAAAUGCCGUCUCCGUUGGUGUCACUUUUGCCAUCGUUCCUUGGCUGACAUCCAUGGGUCUUACCAACAUGUUCAUCAUCAGUGGCUGCAUUGCAUUCGCGAUUGGCUCUCUCUUUGUGCCCAUGAUUAUCUACGGCAAGAAGAUUCGCACUACUCUGGCUCCUCGCUAUUGGAAGCUCGUCGAGAUGCGGUCGCGUAUUUGA